AAAUAAUCAAAUAACAAUUUAACCUUAAAAUAGUAAAAAAUAAAAUAAUUAAGGGUGAAAUGUGUAAAAUAAUGUGAAUGGAGGGUCUUCAGGAGGUUUGUGAUAUGAUCGAGUCUGUGGUUGAGCCAGAAUGGUCAAAACUGAGCUCUGUAACUUCCCAGGCCUGGGAAGACGAAUUUAACCAAUAUUUAACCUCAAUUUUAGAAGAAAAUAAGCAAAAAUCGGUUAAAACUAGGAGUACAGCCCAGAAAUCCAAGUCGAAAUCCACCAAAUCAAAGCCUAAAAAGAGCUCUGGAAUUAGCAUAGGAGGCCUGACUGAGGAUGAACAAUUUAAGCUCUCCUGUGAUCUUUUUACACUUUUAGAAGGCAUCUGGCUCGAAGGAAAGAAGAGAAUCAAAGCCAUUCAACAAACCAAAUUAUCACAACCCUUAGACCUCAACGAUAUUCUCCUCUACUCCAACAGAUUGCGUAGUACGACGUUUAGUCCUCCGGAGAAUAUGAACAUUGAUGAUCCUACGAGGCAUUAUGGAAUUUUUCCUCAGUAUCACUUUUUAGGCGUUCCAAACACUACGCAAAUGCAUUCCUCUAUGUUGUUUGCGCAUGCUAAAAUGGAAAACCAGUGUGCACCGCCAGAAAUAUCAUUUGAACCUGUGACUGAGGACAUAUUACAAAUGAGAAUAAUAUGUGAAAAUGAAAAUGCGGUAAUCCAUUUCCAGACCUCAAGGGAGUCUAACGUGCCCUGUCCUAGGACUGGGAAUUACCUAACCUUUAAAACAGACCCUGCGGAAUAUGAUAAAGGUAAAAGUUACAAGUUUAAGAAGGAUUGUAAUCCCUUUACAGUCCAUGCCUGGACCACAUGUGACGGCUUUAAACAGUCGAACGUUAUAGAAGUUAAAUACGGCACAGAUACCAAAGAUACCAAGGAACACUCCGGACUAAUGCUCACAUAAUCUUAUAACAUUUC